UGCAACUCGAACUUGGUCGGGGUGCGGAUCCCGAGAGGGAAAGUCAUAACAACCGCACGAGGGAGUUCGGCUGGCGAGCUGGAAGGCCACGCCUCCUCCCGGCUACCCCCUCAGCCCUGCAGCUGGGGGCAGAGCUCAGACUGUCUUCUGAAGAUUGAUGUCUAUUUCCUUGAGCUCUUUAAUUUUGUUGCCAGUUUGGGUAAGCAUGGCACAAAUCCAGCAGGGAGGUCCAGAUGAAAAAGAAAAGACUGCAGCACUGAAAGAUUUAUUAUCUAGAAUAGAUUUGGAUGAGCUAAUGAAAAAAGAUGAACCACCUCUUGAUUUUCCUGAUACCCUGGAAGGAUUUGAAUAUGCUUUUAAUGAAAAGGGACAGUUAAGACACAUAAGCACUGGGGAGCCAUUUGUUUUUAACUAUCGGGAAGACUUGCACAGAUGGAACCAGAGAAGAUACGAGGCUCUCGGAGAGAUCAUCACGAAAUAUGUAUAUGAGCUCCUGGAGAAGGACUGUAAUUUGAAAAAAAUCUCUAUUCCAGUAGAUGCCACUGAGCAUGAACCAAAGAGUUUUAUCUUUAUGAGUGAGGAUGCUUUGACAAAUCCACAGAAACUGAUGGUUUUAAUUCACGGUAGUGGUGUUGUCAGGGCAGGUCAGUGGGCUAGAAGGCUUAUUAUAAAUGAAGAUCUGGACAGUGGCACACAGAUACCUUUUAUUAAAAGAGCUGUGGAUGAAGGGUAUGGAGUAAUCGUACUGAAUCCCAACGAAAACUAUAUUGAAGUGGAAAAGCCAAAGACACAUGUGCAGUCAUCUUCCGAUAGUUCAGAUGAGCCAGCAGAAAAACGAGAAAGAAAAGAUAAAGUUUCUAAAGACACAAAGAAGCGACGUGAUUUCUAUGAAAAGUAUCGUAACCCCCAAAGAGAAAAAGAAAUGAUGCAAUUGUAUAUCAGAGAAAAUGGUUCUCCUGAAGAACAUGCAGUCUAUGUUUGGGACCAUUUUAUAGCCCAGUCUGCAGCUGAGAAUGUAUUUUUUGUUGCUCACAGCUAUGGAGGACUUGCUUUUGUUGAACUGAUGAUUCAACGAGAAGCAGAUGUAAAAAGUAAGGUAACUGCUGUGGCAUUGACAGACUCCGUUCACAAUGUGUGGCAUCAAGAAGCUGGCAAGACAAUCCGGGAGUGGAUGAGAGAGAACUGUUGUAAUUGGGUCUCCAGCUCAGAACCGUUGGACACAUCAGUGGAGUCCAUGCUACCCGACUGCCCCCGGGUUUCAGCAGGCACCGACCGUCACGAGCUAACUUCCUGGAAGAGCUUCCCGUCUAUUUUCAAAUUCUUUACCGAAGCCUCAGAGGCCAAGACCAGUUCCCUGAAGCCGACUCUGACACGACGCUCCCACCGCAUAAAGCACGAAGAGCUGUAAGGAGGGCGGGCGGGGGCGCCGGGGCCGCGCCCUGCCGGCUUCCGGCCUCCCCGCCGCUCGGCGAGCAGACUCCCAGCCCUCAUUAGAUUGUUUUCUUCCUAGAGCACAGGGUCGGGAUAUAUACAUCUGAAUAGCGUUUUGCAUUAUUUCUAGAUGAGUGCAACUGUCAAAGCAAUAUGGGUUCACUGGUCGCGCUUCCUGCGGGCUGCGCUCGGCCCGGCUGCCCGUCAGCGCGCAGAUUAAGGCUGACAGCGCCUUGCCCGGCGCGGCCCGCGCGGCUCUAAUUGCCCGGACGGAGCCCGCGCCGGCGCGGAGGGGCGCGCGGUGUCCGCGCGGUCCUGCCGCCCGCCGCGGCGCGGCGCCGCCCCCCAAUCAUGUUCACCCCCUCCCCCGAACAGAAGCAAACUCGCUCUAGACUUAAGACUUCCUUUUUUACUAGGUUUUUUCUUGAGGGCGUCUUAGGUCUCUCUCGUUUCUAAGGAAAUUCCUCUCCUACACUCACGGAAAAGUCAAAUUUAAUUCAGUUCAUGAACACCACUGUGUACUACGGAGUUUGGGGAGUGCAGGUUGCUCUCUCCUUAAAGAUCCGUUUUCUGUUUCGAGACCAAAAGAACAACUUGGAAAACAAAUCUAUAGAUACAAAAUCCACGUUAGUGCUGAAAGUCCUUUGCAGUUGUUAGUGAGAUUUACACGAGUCUCUCAUUUCAUAAGAGACUGUACAAAACACAUGAUGAUGAGCAGAUCAUUUAAGUGUAGGUGUGAAAGGUCCCAUUUUUAUUGGAAUUGACUUUCUUCUUUAAAUAUGUGAUGUGCAUUGAGUGGCAUUGUAAUUUAGAUAACACACUUUAAGUUUUGCUUUUUAAAUCUUAAUGUGGAGAAAGUUUGUUGUUAAUUCUUGCUGGAAUGAUCAAGUCAGAGCUUUCCUGGAGCUAGCCCCUUUUAGGGAUAGUUUUUUAUUUCAUCGGGAAAAUAAACCUACGUACUCUGAAGCCUUUUUCUUCUGAAACACUUUAGUUGAGCUAAAAUGAUUGUUUUAGUUUUCUGCUGUAAUAAAAAGAGACUUAGAGUGAAACAUUUUUCUCCUCUCAGUCUAAUGGUAUCAUUUUUCAUACUCUGCUUCCUCUGUAGGAUUUUUCCCUACGUUUCAACAAUUAAAUACGAAUCCAAGUACGAUCUGGUGAACACUGAAAUACAAGAGAGAAAAGAAGUUAAAGGUUUUGCUGACUUUUAGGUUAAAAUAUUAAAUUUUAACAUCAAUUUUUAAUUACUUGAAGAAUUUAAUUACCAAGUAAAGAUUAUUUCUAAUAGAGGAAAACCUGAAUUUAGUAUUUUUCAUCCUUUUUUAAAGUGUAUGCAACAGUUAACAUGCCUGCCUUAUUUGAGGACAUGAUAAAAUGUACCCAAAAUGACUUAGAACUAAUAAUGCCUCAGAAAAAGAACUUAAAAUCAGCCACCUCAUGGAUAAAUGUUUUUAUAUAAUGAACUGAUGUUAGCAAGUUUUAAAACUGAUAAUAUCUCAUUGCUGUGUUUGGCAUACAAGUACAUUCUUUAGUUCUAUAAUUUUAAUGAUGACAACUUAAAGUGAUGUUUUUUCAUUGAUCACAUGUCUGUGUAUCUGUUUGUGUUAUUUAAACAGAAACAACAUAGAAAAAUCAAAAUGGCAUUUUAUACAACUGUUGGGUGGUGUAAAAAUGUGUAAGUCCCAUCAAUGUCAAGCACCUUAGUCUUUCCUAUUUUAAAAGUAAUGGUGAAUUGUAUAAAAUAGUGGUAUCAUCCAGUGAGGGACUUGAGAAUUGAUGUGGGUUGAAUAUAUUUUUCAAAGUGUUAUAAAUUGUGUGGUGUUUUCAGCAAAUGAAAAUGUUCACAGGAAACUAAUUUUAUAACUUUUUUUUUAAACCAACACUUUGUGCAAUGCUGAAUUUUUGAAGCUUCUACAGCUGAAUUAGAGCAAAAUAAAUAUGCUCAGUUUAUAAACCAAAUCACUCCUAUUACUUUUCUGUAGUUUUCUCACCUUGCUUUUUAAAAACCUUUAUUUGUAACUAGGGUAUAUCACUGCUUAAUUGCCUUUAAUACUUUAAAACUACAGGAUUGUUAGUUAGGCCUUGUUUAACUAUCUGUGGAGAGCUAUUUACAAACUUAAGUUGUGUAAAUGUAAUUUCUGCUUGUGAAUCUGAGCUGUGGCAACCCAGGGAGAGCUAGGCAAACCAUUCCAGACCACCAACUGAUAACUUUGUUAAUGUAGAAUUUUUUAACCUGUUAAUUACAAGUCUGUUGGUAUAAAUGUAAUAAUAUUGUUCACCUUAAUUUUCCUGGAGUAACAACAAGCAAUUGGUAGUAGCCAGCCUGCUUGAGGGUGGCCAGUGUUAAUAGUAUUUUUGCUCUCUUCUCCUUUCCCAUUUUGGUUUCUUGGGUUUUUAGGAGAACAGAGUUUUAAAGUUAGAAUACUUCUUAGAGCAAAUGGAAUGUGACAGGAGUUGCUAAUAAAUCUAAGAUUCAAAAUCCUCCUGUUGAAACAUAAAAGCCAGAUAAUUGCUUUGGAGCUUCUAUAGGCACCUAACCAUGCAGUCCUCAAAAGUUGUCUUGGAUAUCUGAAAAGAAGACUCGUCUACUUGUUAUAAUUGUUCUUCUCUCAAGUUUCAGGUUUGUGCUUUGACCUGGAUUGCAUUAUUGUUUAUGUAAAUAAAAAACAUGCAUUUCCUAUAUACAUAGUUAUGUUAGAUUUUAAAAUAAAAAUAAUGUUCCCAACAA